CACGUGUAUUGGACACGCGACUCGCGUGCGAUCGCUGCGUGAGUGAAUACCAGAGUAUAAUAUUGUUAGUUGGUAUUUUUUUGCCGUGCUACAGGUCGCCUGUUAACUUGGUGUUAAAUAUGGAGUGGGUUCUGCGGGGUCCUCAGAUUCACAGCACGUUCAGUAAACUUGGAUUUGCUCAUGGAGAAGGAUAUCACAUAAAUGAAAACUGCAACGUUGCUUUGGAAUCGAUUCUUAAUAAUAUCCUGACCGAAGAUAAAAAUCUGCGGACAUAUAGAAGAAGCAUCAGUUUUGGGCAGAAUAUUAAAAAAGAUUUAAUUCCGCUUUUGAUACAUGUAAAGGAUGACAAAACAAUUGAACUUCUGAUUAAGAUACUCGUAAAUUUGACGAUACCGGUGGAAUGUUUGUUGUCAGUGGAAAGCCUAUCGACUUCCGAAGUUGGCAAACACACUAUAUUUGAAAUUAAUAGCUUGCUGACGUCUACCAAAGCUGCCUUUGUGGACAAUAAAGCAACUAAAGUAAUAGUGGAGUUUCUUAAAAAGAAUUCGGAUUGUGAACAAAAGCUAAAGUUAACCGUGGAACAAUGUACGAAUAUAAGCAACACGUUAUUGUUUUUGCGGAAUAUUCUUCAUAUUCCAGAAGACAUUAUUAUUUCGUCUAGUUAUAAUGGACCACCUCACGUGUUACAAAAUCAGAUAAUAUGGAAUCUUUUCAGUCAAAGCAUUGACAAAACUUUAAUGAGGCUGAUGAAUAUUCAGGAUUCGAUAAAUUGGGGUGUAACAAUGGUUCAGUUGAUAGCUCUGCUAUAUAAAAAUCAAAACGUCACAACGAUACAUAAGCUGCUGAAUAUGUGGUUGGGAACAUCAUUGUCGGAAAGCUCUGAGGAUAAUGAGAGUAAUACGUCGCCACCUAACAGGGGUAGCGGCGAUUCAUCCCCAAUGUUAACAUCUGAACCGAUUUCUGAUUACUCUGACAUGGGUGGAAGUGGAAAGACAAAUGAAGGUUCUAUUUCCCCUAACAAUAGUUGGGAUUCAAACAUAAAUAUGAGUGAACCCAUAUUCCAAUCGGAGCCAAUGCAAGAGAAAUCCGGUCAUAUUUUAAAUAUUGGACAAAGAGAGAAUUCGUGUGACGAAAAUAUAAAAGGCGAAAUCUUAAAAGCCGAGGAGGAAACUGAUAAUAAAAAUUUCGAUAAACCAAUAAACGAUGAAAAGUCAAAUUGCAGUUAUGACGAAAAAAUCGAUAAUCAGGAAUCGACGUCUAGUAAUGAUGAUGAGUUGCCAUCUAAGAAACCAGUGCAUCAGAAGCCACAUAAUCCUAAACAGAAGCCUAAUAAUAAUGUGCUAUCGAGUGUCACUCCUCAAGAGAGUAAAAGGAAGAAAAUUGUGAAGCGAGGGAAGGCUAAUAUAAUAAAUGUCCAAGGACUCUUACAUAAUAUGCCAACGGACGAUGAUAUAUCAAACGUUAUAAAGGAGUUCACUGUGGACUUCCUUUUGAAGGGUUACAACUCCUUAGUCCGCACGUUGCACACACAAAUAUUGACGAAUGUGCAUUUAGAAAUAGACACGUCACAUUUCUUCUGGCUCGUCACCUACUUUUUAAAAUUUGCGACACAGAUUGAACUGGAUUUGGAGUAUGUUGAUUCUGUGCUAUCCUUCGAUAUUGUACUGUAUCUAACAGCUGAAGGUGUAAAUUUGUGCGAGCAAUUUGAACUCGCGCUUAAGUUGGACGGAUGUGAUUUGAAACCAAACAUUCGAAGGCUGCAUUUGGUCGUGACAGCAAUCCGCGAGUUUGUUCAAGCUAUUGAAGUUUAUAAAAAGUCAAGUCACAUUAGUCAAGAAGAUAAAGAAGCUCUUGUUAAAUUGCAAAUGAAAAUGUGUGAGACUGACGAACUUCGAUCCUUACUUGUCUUGCUAUUACGUCACUAUAAUCCGAAGUAUCAAUCUAAACAAUAUCUGCAGGAUCUUGUCGUUACAAAUCACAUAUUAUUAAUGUUCCUGGAUACCGUCAUAAACUUGCCAGACUACAAGGGUUCAGGAAAAAUGAUUGACUAUUUAAGACAAUUCGCAACCCCCCAAGUAAUGUACCAAUACGGGCUUCUACUUGACGACUAUAUGGGUAAUGGCGAAUAUGUAAAUGAUUGCAUAUUUACAUUAAUGCACUAUGUUGGAGGGGAGCUGGGUUGUCUAAUCUCCCUCUUCCAGCCCAAAAUACUUAAGACCUUCACGUCUAUAUGGAAAUCCGACUUUGAGAUUUGUGAUGAUUGGUCAGAUCUAAUUGAAUACGUAAUAAACACAUUUAUAAAGAAGCCGUACAGUCUCCAACGAACUGCAUCAUUCCGACUGGAUACUGAGAGUUUCGACGAUGAUAAAAUCCUUAAAGACCUCAUUGAAAACCCGAAGGAGGAUACGACCGAAGACCAGGUCAUGUUGGAUGUGGAAGAAACUGAUAUAUGGACGGAAGAUGAGCUCUCAGCUUUCAGUUGGAUAUACAUCCAAAGUAAUACAUCGCCCGAUGUUGUUGGCGAAAUUAUAAAACGUUUCAAAGAUGAGGGCGUAGUUAAAACUCGCGAAAGUGUGAUCAAACAAUUGUACAAACAAUCGAUAAUACAGCGCAACGUAUUCGAAAAUUUGCUAAAGCAAGACACUGAAACAAAAAAUACCAAAACUGAGACGCGGGAUGUAAAGAACGACGACAUUGGAAAAAUUUGCGAAUAUAUAACUAAAGAUGGCAAAAAGAAAUUUCUCGAUUGGGUCCAGAAUGUUUUGCUUGAAACCUGCUACGCUAAACUAUGUUUGGAGAAAAAGAAGGCGAAGCAGGAUGAAGAGGAGGUGGCUGAGGACAAAGUAGGCUUCUAUACUACGCCGAAGAAGCCAAAAGACAUGCCUGUUAUGUCACCCGUUUCAUAUCAUGCACUCUUGUUCAAUCGGUCCGUCCCGUUGGUGCCGUGGAAUUGUGAACAGGCCGAGAUAUGUAAGGACUUGAAGUUUUUACAACUUUUACACAAAUUGGGAUUUUAUAUGCCAGUUGAUACGGGCAAAAUGUUUAUAAGGAUACCAUAUUUCUGGACACCCGACUAUUUGUAUGAAGUUGCAAGUAAAAUUUCAUACAUUGACAAAGUUAAACUCAAGUUCUCCUUAAGCGAUAUAUCAAAUACAAGUGAUUUGAAGACGUCAAAAACGAGUGUAAGAUUAGACGACCAACCCCAGGAUAGGGUCCUCAAGGUGAUGCCUAAGAACUUUUUUCAGAUAGAUAAACAAAAACACAUCGCUGGAAUUGUUAAAUAUUCUCCCAUAGAGACGACAAGUGCAGGUUGGUUACAACUUGUGCAAAAAUCACAAGAGAUCAGACUUACUGUGGAUCUUGAUAGGAAAAUAAUACACACCGAGAGUGAAACAGUGGUGGAGGAAAUUAAGCAUCCCUAUGGUAUUCCGAUGGUACAGGAUGGGGAGCUGACCGAAGCAGUGGCGGAUUCACGCAAAGAGGAUCCCGUUACUUACAGCCAAGCUGAAUCCGAAUAUUGUUGUAACAGUAUGUGCGAGACAGCAUCAGUUGCUUCAGAUCUCACAAGGAUGUACGUAUCAGAUGAAGAUGAAAAAUCCGAAAUUGUUCUUCGUCCAUCCGGAGACAAACACUUUAACGAUGACCAGAACUCAAUAGAUAUAGAUAGCGGCGCGGGAAAGAGAGCCCGAGUACAUUAUACAUCACCUUUUUGUUGAACAUUGUCGUUACACAAAUCGUUACAUUUAGAUGUACAAGUGGCGGCACGAAACUCUACCGCUGACUGUUAUUGCGCAGAAGUAAAAAAAUAAGGUACCUGAGGUCGAUUGGCUCUCCAGUCGCAUUCCGGCCCCCGCACCAAUCCCCUCCACGUAUCGGCCAGCGCUAGACUUACGUGCCUAUAAUAGUAAUGGCUGAUUUGGAAACGUUAUCGACAACAGCCCUGUACGUAUGGAUAUUUUUAUACUUUUCAAAUAUUUAUUUUUAUUUUUUUUAUAAAACGUGGAAUAACGAUAGUAUUACCUAAAAAACCAAUGUGUAACCUGUGAUAGGAAGAAACAAUAGUUUUUGAGUUUUACGAAUAAGGCUCAUAAUAAACUGUAGAUUUUUAUUUAACUCAUGUCAUUUACUGUUUUUAAUGAGUAGUUGUUAAUUCAAAAGCUUGCUUCUAUAUUAAUAAUAUUUUUAAGAGCGUUGUCGUAUUAUAUCGCAUAAAGAAAUUAUGUUUUGUGACUUUUACUUAUUCUGGAACUGUCACAAAGUAAAUUAGGCAUAAUUUUAAGGUAUUUUAGAUCUGAUAGAUACCUUGUAUGUGUUUAUGUUAGUUUGUACUGUAUCAGACCUUGUAUCAGUCUUUAUGAUCCAGAUUUUUUUGAACGGUUUCGAUUGAAAUAAUUGCUAAGGCCUGCAUAAUUUGUAAACUAAUAGAACCUUUUGUAUUACCUGUUUUUGCUAUGUUUUUUUCAUUUAUAUUGCAUAAAAUUUAAGUUCUAAUUGUUAUUAGAGACAGUGUUGGCCGAGCGGUUUCUGAGUUCGUGCGUUCAAAUAAGGGCUGUACAUAGACUUUUCUGUGUAUGCUUUUUCCAUUUGCCUGAAAGGCGAAGGAAAACAUCACAAGUGGAUAUUCGUUGUCUUCAUAGCCUUUUCAUCUGGCUUACUUCCCUACUAAGAUAAAAUAAAAUGAUUAAGAAAAUGAUACAGAAAUCUGAAGCCCUUCGGGGUAGCGCAAAUAUUUUUUGUUGGCUAUUAACAGUUUAAAAAAAGUUUUUUUUUUUGUCAGUGUCCGUUCAAGCAGCUUUUAAAUUCAUAAAAACGAAUUAUUGGUUGAAAUUUAGUGCAAUUUUUUGUUAUAUUAAUUUUAAUACGAUAAGAUUUUAAUUGUUAGUGUGUAUUAGUAUUUAAGUUUGAUGUCAGCUUGAUAAGAAAAUAGUAAAUACCAAUAAAAAGGAAAUAAUUAACUUGAAAAUUAAUAGAUUAAUUACUGGUACAAUAAACGUGAAAUUCUAGAGAUAUAAAUAUA